CCCUCCGCCCUCCCAGACACCAACCAGCCCCCCCACGACUCCCCCGCUAGGCUCGGGGCACCGCCCGCGUGGAUGGGAUGGAAGCGGGACCCUCGGGAGCAGCAGCUGCUGCGGGCACUUACCUGCCCCCCCUGCAGCAGGUGUUUCAAGCUCCUCGCCGGCCCGGGAUAGGAACCGUUGGGAAGCCCAUCAAACUCUUGGCCAACUACUUUGAAGUGGACAUUCCCAAGAUCGAUGUCUACCACUAUGAAGUGGACAUCAAGCCGGACAAGUGCCCCCGCAGAGUCAACAGGGAGGUGGUGGAAUACAUGGUACAACACUUCAAACCUCAGAUCUUUGGAGAUCGGAAGCCAGUGUACGAUGGGAAAAAGAACAUUUACACCGUCACUGCCCUGCCUAUUGGAAACGAAAGAGUUGACUUUGAGGUAACAAUUCCGGGAGAAGGCAAGGACCGAAUCUUCAAAGUGUCCAUUAAAUGGAUGGCCAUCGUGAGCUGGCGGAUGUUGCAUGAAGCCCUGGUGAGCGGCCAGAUCCCUGUUCCCCUGGAAUCCGUUCAGGCCCUUGAUGUUGCCAUGAGGCAUCUGGCCUCCAUGAGGUACACCCCAGUGGGCCGUUCCUUCUUCUCUCCUCCUGAAGGAUACUAUCACCCGCUGGGAGGAGGUCGGGAAGUCUGGUUUGGUUUCCACCAGUCCGUCAGACCGGCCAUGUGGAAGAUGAUGCUGAAUAUUGACGUGUCAGCCACAGCGUUCUACAAGGCCCAGCCUGUGAUUGAGUUCAUGUGUGAAGUCCUGGAUAUCCGGAACAUUGAUGAGCAGCCGAAGCCCCUUACUGACUCGCAGAGAGUGCGUUUCACCAAGGAGAUCAAAGGUUUGAAAGUGGAGGUAACUCACUGCGGGCAGAUGAAGAGGAAAUACAGAGUGUGUAACGUGACCCGGCGGCCAGCGAGUCACCAAACGUUCCCUCUGCAGCUGGAAAGCGGUCAGACGGUGGAGUGCACAGUAGCUCAAUACUUCAAGCAGAAAUACAACCUCCAGUUGAAGUACCCCCACCUGCCUUGUCUUCAGGUUGGCCAAGAGCAGAAGCACACGUACCUGCCUCUAGAGGUGUGUAACAUUGUAGCUGGCCAACGGUGUAUCAAGAAACUAACGGACAAUCAGACCUCCACCAUGAUCAAAGCAACAGCGAGGUCUGCCCCGGAUAGGCAAGAAGAGAUCAGUCGACUGAUGAAGAACGCCAGUUAUAACUUGGACCCCUACAUCCAGGAGUUUGGCAUAAAGGUGAAGGAUGACAUGACGGAAGUAACUGGACGCGUCUUGCCAGCCCCAAUCUUGCAGUAUGGAGGCCGGAACCGGGCCAUCGCCACCCCCAACCAGGGGGUUUGGGACAUGCGGGGGAAGCAGUUCUACAAUGGCAUUGAAAUCAAAGUGUGGGCGAUUGCUUGCUUUGCCCCUCAGAAGCAGUGCAGGGAAGAGGUGUUGAAGAACUUCACAGACCAGCUGCGCAAGAUCUCCAAGGACGCGGGGAUGCCCAUCCAAGGCCAGCCGUGCUUCUGCAAAUAUGCACAGGGUGCCGACAGCGUGGAGCCCAUGUUCCGGCACCUUAAAAACACGUAUUCUGGGCUCCAGCUUAUCAUAGUCAUCCUUCCGGGAAAGACGCCGGUGUAUGCGGAGGUGAAGCGAGUGGGCGACACGCUCCUGGGAAUGGCCACUCAGUGUGUGCAGGUGAAGAAUGUGGUGAAGACAUCGCCACAGACCCUGUCCAACCUCUGCCUCAAGAUCAACGUCAAACUCGGAGGGAUCAACAACAUCCUGGUGCCCCACCAGCGCUCUGCAGUCUUUCAACAGCCAGUAAUAUUCCUUGGAGCUGACGUGACUCAUCCGCCAGCAGGAGACGGGAAGAAGCCCUCCAUAACGGCUGUGGUGGGCAGCAUGGAUGCCCAUCCCAGCCGCUAUUGCGCCACUGUGCGGGUGCAGCGGCCGCGCCAGGAGAUCAUUGAAGACCUGUCGUACAUGGUGAGAGAGCUCCUCAUCCAGUUCUACAAGUCCACCCGCUUCAAGCCCACCCGCAUCAUUUUCUACCGCGACGGCGUGCCCGAGGGGCAACUCCCACAGAUCCUUCACUAUGAGCUCCUGGCCAUCCGGGAUGCCUGCAUUAAAUUGGAAAAAGAUUACCAGCCGGGCAUCACGUACAUCGUUGUCCAAAAGCGGCAUCACACUCGUCUCUUCUGUGCUGACAAGAAUGAGAGGAUUGGCAAAAGUGGGAACAUCCCAGCAGGAACCACAGUGGAUACGAAUAUUACACAUCCCUUUGAGUUUGACUUCUAUCUGUGCAGUCAUGCUGGCAUUCAGGGUACGAGCAGACCUUCCCAUUAUUACGUUCUUUGGGACGACAACCGGUUUACAGCAGAUGAACUCCAGAUCCUCACCUACCAGCUCUGCCACACUUAUGUCCGCUGCACCCGCUCCGUCUCCAUCCCAGCACCAGCAUACUAUGCCCGCUUGGUGGCAUUUCGGGCACGAUACCACCUCGUGGACAAAGAGCAUGACAGUGGAGAAGGGAGUCACAUAUCUGGCCAGAGCAACGGCAGAGAUCCUCAGGCCUUAGCCAAGGCUGUUCAGGUUCACCAGGACACUUUACGUACCAUGUACUUUGCUUGAAAGCCUAACUUUUUUUACCUCGCUCCAGAAAGCUUUCAGAUUUGUAGGAGCCAUAAUCUUUUUUUUUUAAAGGAAGCAUUGGGAGCAUUGCGUGCACAUCCAAUGAGAAAUCACUGCAGGGCGCAGAUGGCGUUGGAGGCCGGAGACCAGCAUCCUCCAGGGCAAAUGCAGGAGAGCCGCUUAACUGACGGACACACCUUUGUAGUAUUUCAAAAGACAGGCUUUGUUCUUCAGGCUUUCCAGUUACCUGACCAAACAGACAAGAAAAGUAUUUAAACAAAGGAAGGAUCCAACUUCCUAUCAAAAGAAAGCUGGUUUUCAUUGGGCGGUGGUGGGGGGCGGGGAAACGUCAUAUUAAACUUCCAACUGUGAAAUCAUUAUUUUGGUCCUCCAAUGCCAAAUCAAACACUGAU